AUGGCGCCCAAGACUGACGAAAUCACUACCCUGCCGGCGCAGGAGCCUCACGUGGAGGAUGAGUUGCAUAUUCAGCCGAGACAGAGCCCUGUCGAGGGGGAAGACGCGACCCAGAUUACUGGGCACAAUCACGAACGCAUGAGAGACCGUGGCCUCCUGACCUACGAGGAGGAGAAGAAAUUGCUGCGCAAGGUGGACUGGCACCUCAUGUUGCUGUGCGCCGUCAUUUUCCUGGUAAAAAACGUUGAUGCAAACAAUGCUGCCAAUGCUCGCGUCAUGAACCGUGGAACUCCUCGAAAUAUCCUUACCCAGCUAAAAAUGACUGGCGACGAGUACAACUUUGUCAGCACAGUGUACUACGUAACUUGGGGUAUCGCCCUGGCCUGCCACGCUGCAGUCACAUCCAAAGGGGGACUUUACGUCGCUCGAUUUUUCCUUGGCCUUUGCGAAGCUGGCAUGUUUCCCGGUAUCAUCUUGCAGUUGACAUACUGGUACCGCGCCGAUGAGAUGACCAUCCGUUUCUUGAUUUUCUACUCUUUCGAAUUCUUCGCCAAUGUCAUCAGUGCUGUACUGGCAUUCGCUUUCGACACGAUUUCUGGGCGGUGUAGCUUGUCGGGCUGGCAAUGGUUCUUCCUUGUCGAAGGCGUGAUUACCAUCGCAUUCGGGAUUGCGCUGUAUUGGAUCUUUCCUGACUUCCCCGAACAAGCGUCAUGGCUCACCGACAGGGAAAAGAGAUUCCUCCAAGCCCGGCUUCCAGCAAACUCGCCUCGGUCGAGCGAAGCUCAUUUCAACCUUGGCGAAAUCCUGGAGGCUCUGAAGGACCAUCGUCUCUGGUGGUUCACGCUGCUCUGGGCGGCGAAGACUAUCGGCGGUUCCGGGCUUUCGUUCUACCUGCCCACGAUUGUAGCCAACCUCGGACUUGUGUCGAUCGCCGAGAGCCAACUACUAACCAUCCCCUCUGCGGUAUUACCCAUGAUCCUUAUCCUGGUCAGCAGCUACUUGACAGACAGGAAGGGCGUGCCGUAUCCCCUGGUGGCGCUUGUAUACCUCACCGCCACUCUUGCCUGCUACGCCGUGCUCUACGCGUAUCCCAACCUCGGGGGCGUGUAUGCCGCCACUAUAAUAGCCGGGUCCGCAUCCAAUGCCUGGUUCUCGACGAUGUGGCCCUGGCGUCUGCAGACCACUUCCCGGGCCACUGGGUCAGCUUUCGCUAUUUCCUUUGUCAACUCCCUCGGCCAGAUCGGGACCGUCAUCGGGCCGCAGAUCUUCCGUUCCGCCUACGCUCCAAAGUACACGACGUCGUUCGCGGUGGCGAUGGCGGUCACGGGGCUCUGCAUUGCGUCCACUGCCUGGACCUGGUGGAUCACAAGGGUGACGGAGCGGCAAACGUGGCACAUGAGAAAGGCGCGCAUCGCUGCGGCGAAGAGGGGAGAGAUGGUUCUCAAUGACAUAGACAUUGACGCCGACUUUGAGAAGUCAGCAGCGUUGAGGACCGCAACUACGAUAGCUGGACGACCGGUCUAG